AUGCUUCGAGUCUUCCUCAUAUUCGCUCUAUUCUUCUUGGCAAUCCCCGUCGCUUCACAACCACCAAAUGGUAAUUUUGUCCGCUGCACACACGAUGGACAAUGUCAACAGAACGAAUUCUGUGGCAGACGGGUAAUCCGAAACCGAGUUCAACGAGUUUGUCUUCCUCGACCAAUUGUGGCUGCUCAUAGAAAAUGCAAAAGGGAUUCGGAUUGUCCAGAAGGAGAAGUUUGUCGUACAUCGAUUGGUAAAAAUGGAAAACCUUAUAGAUAUUGUGGAACACCUAUUACUAGAAAAGGGGUUUGGUAUUUUUAUUGA